CCUAAGCCGAUGGGUGCGAUUAAGAAGGCAAACUGGGAAAAGAAACAAGAAGCAACGAAGCAGGCGAAGCAACAAAGGCAUACCCAAUGGACCAAAGUCAGAAACCAAUACGAGAAAAUGAAAAAAGACAAAACUCUUCCUGGACGGGAGGAGACUUUUACCUACAAAGGAUCCCCCGUUAAAACUGGUAAAGACCUGCGGACCGCUGUUAUCAACACGUUGUGGUUUAAGCAAGCGAAUCCCAACCGACCUGUGACGGAACAUCCUAAAACAUUCCUAAACUCCCCUCAGGAUGGAAAGAAGAUAUUCCCAUCGAUGCAGGGGACGGGCCAUGAGUUUCCCUCGGACCGGAAGCCCGGAGGAUUUCAAGGCAAGGGAAAUGUCGGCGCAAUGCGAGUAGUCACGCAGCCUACAAAAGAUGGAGGCACCAAGUAUAUGGGGGUGAUAUCUCACGAUCCCACCUUGAAACAGUCGAAAGAUGACCCACAGCGGAAUUUCCACCACUUGGUUCUUCCUGGGCCCCCACUCCCGAAAAAGCCCAAGAAGCAAGGCAAAGGGAAAUAGUCGAUGUAGUAAACUUACAUUUUUAGUACCCCAGCGAUAGGACCCUGCACUCUUCCUUGACUUCGAUUCCGAGAAUCCGAGUAUCAUUAUAACAGAGUAACAAUACGCGAGUGUCCUGCAUUCGA